UCCCCAGCAGCUGCUGUGGGAGCCCCUCUCGCCUUCCUUCGCCUCUCUUCUCCUUGUCUCUUCUCCGCGGCUCGCGGGCCGCUGCGCCCAGGCGAGCUGAGCCAGCCCUGCGUGUGUGUGCGUGCGUGGGCGGGGGGCUGCUGCAUGGAUUUAGCCAAGGCUGGGAGGGAACACAUGGGUUGGGUUUUUUUUUUUUUCUUGGCCUGCAGCGGCUGUCCGUCCUGCUGGACGCGGUUAUGGAUUCGAUCAUUAUUCAGGAGCGGUUAGUGGAGCGGCUGCUUUCUCCGCGGACGCAGGCACAGCGAAGCCACCCGGCCAAGCUGAAGGACCAUGAGAAGCAGUACGUGGGCUUUGCCACCCUGCCGAACCAGGUGCACCGGAAAUCCGUGAAGAAGGGUUUUGACUUCACCCUGAUGGUCGCAGGAGAGUCGGGGCUGGGCAAAUCCACGCUGGUGAAUAGCCUGUUCCUGACAGACCUCUACAAAGACAGAAAGCUCCUCAAUGCAGAGGAGAGGAUCAACCAGACAGUGGAGAUCGUCAAGCACACGGUGGACAUUGAGGAGAAGGGUGUCAAGCUGAAGCUGACCAUAGUGGACACACCAGGCUUUGGAGAUGCUGUUAACAACACUGAGUGCUGGAAGCCCAUCACUGACUACAUCGACCAGCAGUUUGAACAGUAUUUCCGUGAUGAGAGUGGCCUGAACCGGAAGAACAUCCAGGACAACCGCGUGCAUUGCUGCCUCUACUUCAUCUCGCCCUUCGGGCACGGGCUGAGGCCUGUGGAUGUCGAAUUCAUGAAGGCUCUGCAUGAGAAGGUCAACAUUGUGCCCCUGAUUGCCAAAGCUGACUGCCUGAUCCCCUCUGAGAUCCGGAAGCUAAAAGAGAGGAUCCGGGAAGAGAUUGACAAAUUUGGCAUUAAAGUGUACCAGUUUCCUGAGUGUGACUCUGAUGAAGAUGAGGAGUUCAAGCAGCAAGACAGAGAGCUGAAGGAGAGCGCUCCCUUUGCUGUCAUCGGCAGUAACACUGUGGUGGAGGCAAAAGGCCAGCGAGUCCGUGGACGGCUCUACCCCUGGGGCAUUGUGGAAGUGGAAAACCAGGCGCACUGCGACUUCGUGAAGCUGCGGAACAUGCUGAUCCGGACACACAUGCAUGACCUGAAGGACGUCACUUGCGAUGUCCACUAUGAGAACUACCGAGCUCAGUGCAUCCAGCAAAUGACCAGCAAGCUGACUCAGGACAACAGGAUAGAAAGCCCGAUUCCUAUCCUGCCUCUCCCAACACCAGACACUGAGACAGAGAAGCUGAUCAAAAUGAAGGAUGAGGAGUUACGGCGGAUGCAAGAGAUGCUGCAGAAGAUGCAGCAGCAGAUGCAGGAUCAGUGAGAGGCAGGUACUCGGAGGGCAGAGGGAAUCCCCCAGUGACCAUCUGAGGCCUGGCAAGAGCCAUGGAUGUUUAGAAAAGGUUUUCCGUUGUAUAGAGACUUGUGGGCAAGAGCUGCACCCGCACCCUCUAAUUUAUUAGCAGCAAUGCUGGCUUUGCGGUCAGCUGGAUUGUGGAGGAGGCUGUUCACUUAACAGUUUAUUGAUGUAUAUUUCUUUUUUAAUAAUUAUUUUAUUUUUCUUUUUU